ACAUCAGCGGCGACGGCGGCCGCGUGAGGUCAGCGCGGCGGAAGCGGAAGUGGCGGCGGCGGCGAGUGGGUGAGAGCGUCGCCAUGCCGGGCGGGGGGGGCGCCCGCGUCCCGGACAGGUGGACGGACUACGUGCCGCUGGGCAGGCGGCUGCCGGGCACCCGCUUCAUCGCCUUCAAGGUGCCCCUGAGAAAGAGCUUCAAUCAGAAUCUUCAUCCAGAAGAGAGAUUUUCUCCUCGUGAUCUCAUUAAGAAAAUCAAGGAGCAAAAGGAAGAACUGGGCCUGAUCAUUGAUUUAACAUACACAACUCGCUACUAUGGGCCAGAGGAGCUACCAGCCACGCUCCACUACUCAAAGAUCUUCACGAUGGGACAUGAAAUACCGAACAAUCAAACCAUUUGCCAGUUCAAGUGUGUUGUAAAAAACUUCUUGAGAGAGAACAGAGAUAAUGAUAAACUGAUUGGAGUGCAUUGCACGCAUGGCUUAAACAGAACUGGCUACCUGGUUUGUAGGUACCUGAUUGAUGUUGACGGCAUGGAGCCAAAUACCGCCAUAGAGUUGUUCAACAGAGCUCGAGGCCACCCAAUAGAGAGAAUGAACUAUAUUGAAGAUCUUCAGAAGAGAUCUGUGAAAAGGAACUGCGAAGUAAAGCAUUUGGGCUCGGACUCCUUCAAAAGAAGAAUUGGCGCUACGCAAAAUGCUAGAAGGCAGCUGGUAUCUGAACAUCAUCUGCAUCAUUCAGAACAACUCCCCUUAGCCAUGCCCAGGCUCCUCCCUUCUCAGCAAAGAUGUCAGGGGAGUGGUGAUUUCAGAAACUACGGCUAUGCCGAGAGGAAUGGCUGGCGUGACAGGGGAUGCGUGCGUCAGCGGGAGCUUGUGCACGAGCGCCGUGUGGCAGAGAGGAGUCAGCCUUGCAGUUUGGGACCAAAGAACUGUCCGGUUUCGUUGCCUUAUAGCGAGCAGUACAAUGGACUGCGUUUUCCAGCGCAGGGUCUCGGCUUUCAUCUCCCAGAGGAAACACACACAGCCAAGAAACGCAGACGAUGGUGCAGGAAACCGGUGCCAAUGUAGGGAACGUUACACAAAAGGAAAGCUGUCCCAGGGCUGUGUUUUCACCCAGGAGGAGCUCUGACACAAGUCUCACUAGUUUAAUGAAUGGAUUAGCCGCAAUCACUAGCAGCUCAGUUGACAAUCUGGAACUACAGAGGAAAGUGGUUUUUAUUCUUAACACCUUAACCCAGGUUUCCCCAUCCACCCUUCGGGUACUUUUACAACUUCCACUUUGAAAUUUUGAAAUCCUGUGUCAGAUCUUGGAGUGCUCAGUGCCUCGAGAGACAUUGAGAAUAAAUGUGUGCCCACACUGACCCAAAACCUUCCUGAAGAAGCAUCUUCGUGGGUACCGUUUUAAACUUUGACAGAAGGAGCUUUUGUUUCGGGUUUACAUAAUACAUAAUUUGAAAAAGAAA